AUGAGGGUCGCCAUCCGGCGACUCCCGUGGCAGUCGAUCGGCGCUCGUCGUCCCUUGAUCGGCAUCGUCUCUGCAAGCAACCUCGCAUCUCGAAAUCAACAGCGCAGCUUCGUCGCGACCUCUUCAAUAGCUGCUCUUGCGAAUCGAGUCAUCACAUUUCAGCCAGCGCGACGCAGUCACAUCGUCUCAACUGCGAAUCCAACGCAUGCUUUUGGUCGGAGAUCCUACCAACACAUGGCCGCCGGCCAGGACAACGACAGAGUGCCAAAGCAGCAAUCUCAGACGCCGCCAGGUAGUGCCUCGGACAAGAUCGUAGCCAACAUAUCCCCCGAAGCAUCAAAAACUCCAGCCUCGACUCAGAAGAAGCAGCCUGAUGGUGACGACCCUCUCAAUCUCAAUGCCAAGGAGAAAACCGUCAAGGAGCAGCGCAUGGUCGAUUGGGCCAUCAUCAAGAAGCUCAUCCAGUACGUCUGGCCCAAAGGAGAUUUCGGUACCAAGCAACGCGUUGUCCUCGCUCUGGCUCUCCUCAUCGGCGGCAAGCUGCUCAACGUUCAAGUUCCCUUCUUCUUCAAAACCAUCGUCGACAAGCUCAACGAUGUGGUCAAUGCUCCCCUCGACAUGACCAACCCCAACACCGUCUGGGUAGUUGCCGGAAGCGCUAUCCUCGGAUACGGUCUUGCCCGUGUCGGUGCAGCUGCUUUCUCCGAGCUCCGAAACGCCGUAUUUGCCAACGUUGCACAGCGUUCGAUCCGUCGAGUAGCACACUCGGUCUUCACGCACUUGCUGGCGCUCGAUCUCGGUUGGCAUCUGACGCGUCAAACCGGCGGUCUCACAAGAGCCAUCGAUAGAGGCACGAAGGGUAUCUCCUUCCUGCUCACCAGCAUCGUCUUCCACAUCGUCCCGACGGCACUCGAGAUCACCAUGGUCUGCGGCAUUCUCUCCUACAAGUGCGGUCCCAGCUUCGCCGCGGUCACCGCAGUCACCAUGGCCGCCUACGCCUGGUUUACCAUCCGCACAACCUCCUGGCGCACUCGCUUCCGCAAAGAGGCAAAUGCCGCCGAUAAUCGUGCCGCCACAACCUCGGUAGACAGCCUGCUCAAUUACGAAGCCGUCAAGUACUUCAACAACGAGAAGCACGAGAUCGCAAAGUACGAUGCGGCGCUGGCGGAUUACGAGAAGAGCUCGAUCAAGGUGGCUACCUCGCUGGCGGCCUUGAAUUCGGGUCAGAAUGCCAUCUUCAGUACGAGUCUGACCGUGAUGAUGCUGUUGGCGGCGCAGGGGGUGACGAAUGGGACGAUGACGGUGGGUGACUUGGUGAUGGUGAACCAGCUGGUGUUCCAACUUUCGCUACCGUUGAAUUUCCUCGGUACGGUGUACAGGGAGCUGAGGCAGAGUCUCGUAGACAUGGAGACCAUGUUCAACUUGGAGAACGUCAACGUCGCCGUUCGAGAGGAUCCCACCGCACCACCUCUCCGCGUGACCGGGGGUGAGAUCCGUUUCGAAAACGUCACCUUCGGUUACCAUCCCGAUCGACCCAUCUUCCGCAACAUCUCGUUCACCGUCCCCGCCGGUCUCAAAACCGCCUUCGUCGGACCCUCCGGUUGUGGCAAAAGUACCAUCUUCCGACUCCUCUUUCGAUUCUACGAACCGCAAUCCGGAAAGAUCUACAUCGAUGGACAGGAUAUCACGAAAGUAUCCCUCGAAUCGCUCCGCAAACACAUCGGAGUCGUACCUCAAGACACACCACUGUUCAACGAUGAUAUCCGACACAACAUCCGUUACGGUCGACUCGACGCAUCCGACGAAGACGUCGAGAAAGCCGCACGUGCAGCCAAAGUCGAUCAGAUCGUACGAAACCUUCCUGAAGGCUACAGUACAAAAGUCGGUGAACGAGGUCUGAUGAUCUCUGGAGGAGAAAAGCAACGUCUUGCCGUCGCAAGGCUAUUGCUCAAAAACCCAAGCGUGUUGUUCUUCGAUGAAGCAACCUCGGCGCUGGAUUCGUACACGGAAACAGAGCUGAUGCGCAACAUCCAUGCGACGCUGUUGGCGGACAAGAAGACGGCGAUCUUCGUAGCGCACAGGUUGAGGACCAUCAGCGAUAGCGAUUUCAUCAUUGUGCUGAAGGCAGGAGGGGUCGAGGAACAGGGAAGUCACGAUGAGUUGAUGCAGAGGAAAGGGUUGUAUUGGGAUUUGUGGCAGGCUCAAUCGACGGUUGGCGUGGGUCAUGGUGCCGGGGCGAACGAGCAUUUGGAAGAUUUGGAGAGGGAAAAGUCACGGCCCGCUUGA